UUGAAAAGUAAAACGGUUAGUGUUUGGUAGGGAUUGUGGUUAAGGUAAGGGUUUUACGAAUAGGAUUUCGAGUAGGUACGUACCAGGGAUCCCCAGAUAGCACUAACCGAUGAGAAAGGCGGUUCAUUCGAGCGAUGUCAUCACCGCGCACCGCCACUGCACAGGUGGCGUGGCGUCAUGCACUCGUCGGUUGAGCGAGCGCGCCGCGGUUUUUUGCGUAACCCGAUUGGAGUAUUAGAGGCAGCUUCCUUCCAUCAGAUUGGUUUCUACCCGGUAACCUGGUCCCCUCACUACACCAUUCAGGCCACACCACCACUUUCCCCAUUACCGGCAUCUCCCACCCGAGUCGAUGCUACCUGGAAAACGAAGUGCCGAAAUUAUGUCGGUUUCGGUGGCGUUCAUUGGAGUACUGAUGCUGCAUUCGGUCUCCUCGCAGAACGCUGGCUUUGUGAAGUCUCCCCUGUCUGAGACCAAACUAACAGGUGACACCUUUGAGUUGUACUGUGACGUGGUCGGUAACCCGACCCCAGAGGUCCAGUGGUGGUACGCCGAGAUCAACCGGGCCGACUCUUUCCGCCAGCUCUGGGACGGCGCCCAUAAACACCGCGUCUCCAUCAACACGGCGUACGGCGCCAACGGCGUGAGCGUUUUGGGCGUGACGCGUCUCGGCCUGGAGGAUGCCGGGACGUACGAGUGCCGGGCCAGUAAUGAUCCAAGGAGGAAUGAUCUGCACCAAAACCCUGCCACCACCUGGAUCAGAGCACAGGCCACCGUUACUGUGUUGCAGAAGCCGUCAAUCAACUCGUCGGACCAUAUCACGCUGCCAGUUGAUCACCACAGCCUGCCCCUCACCCUGCAGUGCAACCUAUCUUCAGCCCACAGCGCCCACAUCAAGAGCUUCUGGAUGAAGAAUGGGGAGGAGAUCAAAGAGACCCGCGGAGAGAGGGCCAACACCGAGUACUACCUGAAGAAGCCCAGAGGAGAGGAUGCAGGGGAAUACAUGUGUGUCUACACCUUUAAUAUGGCUCCGCCUGCUAACGCCACCAUCGAGAUUAAAGCUGGUCCUGACAUCACAGGCUACAAGCGUAGUGACAAUAAGAACGAGGGCCAGAAGGCCCUGCUCUACUGUAAGGCCACUGGCUACCCCUACCCUAUCUGGACCUGGCACAAACUGGACAAUGGGUUUUACACAGACAUUGAAAACUCCUCCGGCCGUUUCUUCAUUAACAACAAAGAUAACUACACUGAGCUGAGCAUCAUCAACCUGGACAUCGGCUCUGACCCGGGAGAGUAUCAGUGUAACGCCACCAACAUGAUCGGCACCUCUUCCGUGGUGUCUGUGCUGCGGGUCCGGAGCUACCUGGCCUGGCUUUGGCCUCUGCUGGGCGUCCUGGCCGAAGUCAUCAUCCUGGUCAUCAUCAUUGUGGUCUACGAAAAACGCAAGAAGCCAGACGACAUACAAGACGAUGACGAACCAGCUGGACCAAUGAAAACUAACUCCACCAACAAUCACAAAGACAAGAACCUUCGUCAGAGGAACACAAACUGAGAACACUGAUAAUAACAUAUUAUACAUGUAUGUAUCACCAUGUGAAGGUAACCAGGAGAGGGAUUCAUAGAAAUGUGUUAAUAAGAAUCGAUCUGCCAAUAAAACGACGUAGAGCUGAAGAAGAAGAGGAGCUACUGUAAAUGUCUGUAUUGUACGAUGAGGCAUGGCUUCUGAUUUGAUUAUCUAGCUAUCGUGUGAUAAGGGUGAAGAAUGUGAUCAAUGAAUCGUGUUCCCAUAACAUUAUGAAUGAUUUAUGAAGUGACUAUGAAGCAUUAUAACCAUUGUUGCUGCAUGCGGUUAUUGAUUGUCGCUGUUUAUUGAUUGUUUGUGUUGAUUAUUUAUUCUUAUCAAAUUCUUAUCAUUUUCCAAUUUUUUACUUAAUUCUGAAGUUAUGCAUGCAAGGUAUUAUAACUUUCUGUUUGGUCCAGACAUGACAUGGCUUUUUGGACUGCGUCCCAAAUGACACUCUAUUUCCCUAUAUAGUUGUCGUCCCCCCCCAAAAGCCUCUGGUAAAAAAUACUGCACUCUAUAGGGCAGGAAUAUUCAAAUCGUAUCAUACGAGGUCUGUAGAACUGAUGUUUUUUUCUGUUCUACCUGUUAAUGAAUUUAACCUACCUGGUGUUCCAGGUCUAAAUCAGGCCCUGAUUAAAGAAAAAGAGUGUAAAUGAUUUCAAAGUCCAGAUUUGAAUGUGAAUGGUAUAGAAUAGGGUGCCACUUGGGACUCAGCAUGUUUUUGUUUACUUAGAUAGAUAAUCACUGUUUGUGUUGACUAUGAGAAGCUAAAGACUUUGCAAUGUAAAAAGGGGGGAAAAAAACGGCACCAAUUAUAAUCUUGUAUGACAGUAGAUCUGUACAGUUUAUCAUUCUGCUGCAUACCAUUUUAUAAAUUGGUUACUUAUUUAUUCAUAUUUUAUCAGAUUAUAUAUCUGGUUUCACAUUUUAGUAAGGGCUUUGCAAUGUCCCUGUCUUUUUUUUUUUUAAAUUUGAUUAGAAAAGUCCUAUAUUUAACAUGUCCUGUAUGUAUCCAACCACCUUACCUAAAAAAAUUAUAAUAAAUACAGCAAGAGUCGCAGCACAGAAUGAAGAAAUAAAACAGCACUAAAAUGUGUAUUGGUUAGUUUCACCACUGUUGUUAGGGAAAACAAUAACAUUUAUCUUAACUCCAUGUAGGAAUAUGAAAGAUAUUCAUUCAUGAGAUGCACUUUUACAUUUAGAAAAAUAAUGGAAAUCCCCCCCCAAAAAUCUCUAUAAAGUUAAUUUAGUAUGUAAUUGUACAACUCCUCCUAAUCCUUCUAACUGCUGUGUUUGACUAAACUAAAGUGUGCAUUGUGUAUAGCAUGGCUAUUAUCCUAUGCAAUAAUAAUCAAUAUUGAUAUGAAUAUAUAUAUAUAAAUCCCUCUUAGCAGCUUUUAGAUUCUCUAUGUUGAUCUAGAAUCAUCUUUAGAGCAUUGAUAGAUAGCGUACUGGACAGCUUAUUGAUCUCUAUAGAUGAUAAUGUUAUACAGUAUAUCUAGAAGUUGGAACUAGGUAGGAGGCAGUGCAACAACAGGAACUAUGUCAUGUGUGUCAAGAUUGACACUUGUUAAGCAAUCCCAAAAUCAAUCCCAAGUCAUUUUUAAGAAUAAAAACCCCCAAAAAUAAAUGGUUUGUUACCGUUUGAUGACUUGAUUUUCAUCCAUUUCCAAGCUUGCAAUCACACACACACUGUUGCGUCAAAAGACAGGUAUUCAUAUUCAAGGCGUUCAGAUUUUCAACUGAUUUCAAAGAUAAAACACCAGCAGGGGGUGAAAGAGUGUAUGCAUUGUGGAACCCAUCAUUAGCUUGUGUUUCCCUGGGGAACAUAUAUACAGGUGCACCUUUGUGAUAGCAGGUGGUGAAAUGUUUGGUGGAAAAGCAUUUCACUGGAAGUCCUUCACGGAAGAGGAGACUCUCAUCCAUACACAUUCAGCUCAUUUAGGAUUCUGGAGACUCAACCGGUAGAAACAUGGACAUUGUUGUGUCAAAUUGUGGCCAGUUAGGUGUUUAUUUGUGUUGAGAAUUGAGACCAAUUGUCUAAUAUAGUAUAAUUUAGAUAAUAUGACUACAUUAAGAUUAUAUAUUUAAUUUGAAAUGACCUUACUUGAAGUAAUGUAUAUUUAUUUUUGUGUUUUGCCUUUAAAGGUUAUCAACCUAACUAACUAAUGAACUAAUUAACUAACUAACUAACUGACUAAAGAAAUAAAAGAAGUCAGAAGAAAA